CUUCCUCAGAGUGGGGAUGAGGAUAGCUUGGCCAGAAAUGGAACUCACGCAGCUUUCGCCUGUGACUACAGUCACUUUCAACUACGACUACUACUACGACGACAACUGCCAGUAUCAGCACCUGCAACAUAUGUCUACUUUCCUGCCUAUCCUGUACGCUGCCAUGUUCCUGGUGGGCAUUGUCGGCAACUCCAUCCUGAUAGUAGCCUUGGUCUUCAAGCGACGGGUCCAGAGGCUGAUCGACGUCUUUAUCAUCAACCUCGCUGCAUCUGACUUCAUCUUCCUCAUCACGCUGCCAUUCUGGGUGGACAAGGAGGUGUCAGACGGGAGCUGGAGGGUAGGAUCUUUCCUCUGUAAAGCUAGUUCCUAUGUCAUCUCAGUCAACAUGUACUGCAGCAUCCUCCUCCUCACUUGUAUGAGUGCUGACCGGUACCUUGCUAUCAUGCAUCCCUCUCUCGCUAGACGGGUCAGAACAAGAUCCUAUUCCAGUGGACUCUGCAUCUGCGUCUGGUUAUUAUCCUGCUGCUUAGGGAUGCCAACCCUUUUGUCCAGAGAACUGAAGAAGCAAUAUGGAAAGACUUACUGCACAGACAAAGUCGUGACAGAAACCAAACAGAUCAUGUCACUGAUGCUUUUAAUCCUGGCCUUCUUCUUCCCACUGUUGAGUAUCUUAACCUUUUAUUGCUCCAUCACCAGGAGACUCUGUGUACAUUAUCAGAGAGCUGGGAAACAUGAUAAGAAAAUGAGAAAAUCCAUCAAGAUCGUCUUCAUUGUAGUGGCGGCUUUUGUUAUCUCCUGGGUUCCCUUCAAUCUUUUCAAGCUUAUGGCCAUCCUUUUGGGACUUCUGAAGCAGUCCGACUGUUUUCCUGACAUGGUUGCCCAGCUGGGCAUGAAGGUGAGCAGCCCUUUUGCUUUUGCCAAUAGCUGUGCCAACCCUUUCAUUUACUACUGCUUUGACAACUACAUCCGCAGAGCCAUGCUCCGGUGCCUGUGUCCAUGGGUGAAAAUCAGCAGCAGCAGCAACAACUCUGAUACUCUGGACACUCGCCUGAGCCACUCCUUAUCCAAUUUUGUUGUGGGAGAGUAUGCCGCUAGGAAGAGGAAGCGCUCUGUGUCCCUCUGACUGGGAGCUGGGACUGCAGAGGAAGGAACU